AUGUCCCUGCCGCAGCACCAUAACCCCCCCGGGUCCCUCGCGCCUGGGUCUCGCACAGGCUCCUCCUCCUCCUCCUCUUCUUCUUCUUCCUCCUCCUCCUCUGCCCCCUCUGCCAACUCCGGCGGGGUCCCGCUCUCUUCGAUCUCCCUGCUGGAAGAUGCUCAGCAGCCACAGCUGCAGCAGCAACAAAAGCCGCCACAGAGGCAGCCACCGGCUCAGCAGCAUCAGCACUCGCAUGCCGAGCGGACGGCUGGACUUGGCCCUCCCGGCCUGCCUGCCGUUUCGGUGACCAUGACCCUGCCGGCCAUUCCGGCCCUCCCCCGCCGGACGGUGACCACUCGCGUGCGGGCUCCCCGUCGGCGCCCGGGCAGCGAGGAUGGCGCCGAGGCAUCCGGGUCGCCGGAUCGUGCCACACGCCGCUCCACCAGUCCCAGCUCUCCGUCCGGCGAGGUCGGCCCCGAGGGAGGCAGCCCCGGCCCGGAGGACGCUGAUGCCGGGCCCCUCUUGUCGGACGCGUCGUCAGAUGACUCGGCCACCGAUCCCGACCCGCAGGGCGGCUCUACAGGCGGCAAGCCCGGCAGUCAGGCCAGCGGGAGCUCCUCCGUGUCGGACUUCGUCCGGCGCCUAUACAAGAUGCUUGAGGCCCCCUCCGAGAUGGAUGUCGUCUCAUGGAGCCCCAAUGGCGAGUCCUUCAUCGUGCGCGAUCCGGCCAUCUUCUGCUCGACCGUCCUCCCGCGGUACUUCCGCCACGGGAACUUGGCUUCCUUCGUUCGGCAGUUGAACAAGUAUGACUUCCACAAGGUCCGGUCUACAUGCGCCCAGACCGGCGAAAGCGCCUACGGCGAGCGGGCAUGGGAGUUCCGCCAUGACCGUUUCCGUCGUGGCGACACCCAGAGCCUGUGCCUGAUCAAGCGCAAGUCCUCUGGCGCCUCGCGCCGAACCCAGACUCGCAGCCGGACUUCCGAUGCCGACUCGGUGGUCGAUCGCGCCGGGCCCGGCGGCGCCCCUGGUGCCCCUGGCACUGGCGCUACCCUCUCGGGCGAGAUGUCGGACAUUGUCCGGCACCUGCUGUCCCGGGCGGCCAUCGCCGAAGCCGCGGCUGCUCAGGCCCAAAAGCAAGUCCAAGCCUUGUCGACGAUUGUCUACCGGCUGUUGGCCCCGUCGGCUGGGGUUCUGGCUGAGACCGUCCCCGACGUGCCGAUCCUCUUCCAAGAUCUGCUUCAGCUGACCGAGGCCUUCUCCCCGCCGUCGGUGGCCGGCGUCGGCCUCGGUGGCGCCUUCAUGGCCGAUGCUGCCCCGGAGCCGGGGUUCCACCCGGCGCAUGGGGGUUCAUACAUCCACUCGGGUGGAUAUGCGGAAAUUUCCGGCACCGGCAUGCCGCUCGAGGUCAACUCCGCCUCCCUUCCCCUGAAGCCGGAGAUGGCGUCUCAUCAUCAUCCGAUCAAGCGCGAGCAUCAUGGUGUCUCGGCGGAGCACUAUCCCGGCCCCGGGGAUUACCUUUCCAAGAAGCAGCGCCAAGAGUCGGCCGUCAUGCACGACCCACAGGGCAUCGCUCCGUCGUCGAUGAUGGACCGUCCGGUUUCCGCGGUGGAUCCCUCGCUGGAGGAUAUGCAAUUCGGCCAGAAGGUUCACAAUGGCCCCGGCCGCCCGGGGGCCGAUGCCACCGCAUCCGGUCUGCCUCUUGAGGCCAUCGAGCAUGGCCCCGGCGCAGGCUCGACCAUGAUGGACGGCAUUCAGCAGCACCAAAUGUUGCUCCUCCAACAGCAGCAGCAGCAGCAGCAGCAGCAGCAGCAGCAGCAGCAGCAGCAGCAGCAGCAGCACUCGUCCGGCACCUUCGGCCACGGGGCCGAGGCCAUGCGCGUUGCCUCCCCCGGGUUGCCCUCACACCAGGCGGACUUCCACCAUGCCGGGCAGUUUGUUGACCCGCAGCUGGCAGCGGUGUCCGCCGGUUCCGGACCCACCGGGGCCCAUGUGGGCUUCCACCUUGGUGCUGAGGGGGCCGCCGCCGCCGCCGCCGGCGCUGCCGCUCGGCGCCCGGGCCCCCUUCCAUCGGGAGUCGAUCCCGCGUCAAUUCACGGGGGCACCGGGGGAGGACCGGCGCAGCCGGCCUCCUCCGGCUUCGGUGGGUCGGAAGCCGCCGCGGCCGGGGACAGCCUGCCGCCCUCUCAGCAUGGGGCCGCGGCCGGGGUGCCCGGCCUCCGGCAUCACCAUCAGCACCAGCACCACCAUCAUCCGCAUGGGGGUGGGGCCGAUGCGGCAGGGGCUCUUGUCCGGGCCGGGCCCAAUGGCGGCCCUCCUCGUGUGCUGGUGGUCGAUGACGAUCCGAUUACCCUGCGUACCCUGUUGCAGAUGCUGUCGAAGAUCGGCUACAACGAGGUGUCCAAGGCCUCCAAUGGAAGCGAGGCGCUGGAGCUGCUGCGCACUUCGCGGCACCAGCGCCCCUUCGACAUUGUGCUGAUGGACAUCUUCAUGCCGAUCAUGAACGGCCUGGAUGCCACGGCGCAAUUCCGCAAGUUCGAUUCCCAGACACCGGUGGUCUUCAUGUCGACGGACCAAUCGCAGAAGACCCAGCAGCUGAUCACGCAGCUUUCCGGCGCCCAGCAGGAGGGCCUGACCCUGUCGAAGCCGCUGAACAUUUCCCGGCUGAGUGGGGUUUUGCAGCAGCUUCAGCGUCGGCUCUGUCUGUCGCCCUCGUCGGUGAUGGGGGCCGUGGCGGCGGCGGCGGCCGCCGCCACCGAGGGCGGCGCCUUCCAUGGCGGCGGCGGCGGCGUCUCUGGCACCGCCCAGUAA